UGCACUUCAGCCUAUAAGAAGCACUUGCAAGGCAUUGAGCUAUCUUAACAGCAGAUUACUCUUUCUUCUUCCUUUGGAACUGAAAAUGGUGCUGCACUGUGACGAUUGCGGUACAAGGCCAUGCAAUCUCCAAUGCUUGGUGUUCAUGCUUUGUGCUUUAUCUGUGGUAGCAUUUUCAAAGCCGAUAAGGCAAUUUAGUUUCAAUGUUGAAUGGAAGACUAUCACGAGGAUUUGCCACACCAAGCCUCUUCUAACAGUCAAUGGCCAGUACCCAGGCCCAACUAUAGCUGUCCAAGAGGGUGAUGAGGUCGCCAUCAAGGUGACAAACAGGGUAGCAGACAACACUACCAUCCACUGGCAUGGGAUCAAGCAAUUCAGAACCAGUUGGGCAGAUGGGCCUGCGUAUGUAACCCAGUGUCCCAUUCAGACAAAUCAUUCAUACACAUAUAGAUUCAAGGUGACAGAACAAAGGGGAACUCUAUUUUGGCACGCUCAUCUUUCAUGGCAGAGAGCAUCAGUUCAUGGGGCAUUCGUCAUCUACCCAAAAGCCCCAUAUCCAUUUCCUUCUCAUAUUUCCGAGGAGUUUCCAAUUCUAUUAGGAGAAUGGUGGAAUCAAGAUGUAAUUGCCAUUGAAGCAGACACUUUACUGUAUGGAGGAGGCCCCAAUGUCUCCGAUGCGUACACCAUCAAUGGCUUACCAGGACCACUGUAUCCUUGCUCCAAGAAUGAUACCUUCAGCAUGCUCGUUGAACCAGGGAAGAUCUACCUGCUCCGGGUGAUCAACGCCGCCCUCAACGACGAGCUCUUCUUUGCUGUGGCAGAACACACGCUGACAGUGGUCGAGAUCGACGCCACGUACACCAAGCCAUUCACCACCACUGCAAUCAUGAUAGCUCCUGGCCAGACCACGGCCGUUCUGCUCUCAACUCUGAUCACCCCACCUCGGCAAGUGUUUGCAAUGGCGGUCAGGCCAUAUGCGACUACUGUAUUCCCGUUUGACAAAACUACAGCCAUCGGCUUCGUGCAGUACACACCAACAGGAGCAGCAGUGCCAACACCAGCGUCCCCAUCAUCACUUCCACGGCCACCAUCACCACCACCACCAUCAUCAAUGUUCAUAUUUGAAGUGAAGCAGCUCCCACAAAUGAGAGACACCCAAUUUGCUACCAACUUUUCUGAUAGCUUGCGCAGUCUCAACUCCAUGCGGUACCCAUGCAGAGUCCCUAAUGAGGUAGACAUGCGCCUGUUUCUAGCCGUCAGCCUCAACCUUCAAGAUUGUCCUGCAAACCAGACAUGCAAAGGCAAGAAUGGCAGGAAGUUCUCUGCCUCUAUCAACAACCAGUCAUUUGUUGUUCAAUCCGCACCACUUUCCAUACUUGAAGCAUACUAUCGAAAUGUAUCCGGCAUUUACUCCACCGGUUUCCCAAAGGUUCCUCUGUACCCUUACGACUUCACCAGGCGGCACCCGAUCGGAACUGCCAACAUGAAUUCAGAGCCUGGAACGAAGCUUCUUCUUAUUCCCUAUGGGGCAUCUGUGGAGGUGGUGCUGCAGGAUACAAGUUUUGUGAAUGCAGAGAACCAUCCCAUCCAUUUUCAUGGAAACAAUUUCUUCAUUGUAGCGCGUGGAUUCGGGAACUUCGAUUCUGAACUAAACUCGGAGAGCAGUUACAACCUGAUUGAUCCGCCGGAAAGAAAUACGGUGGCGGUGCCAAGCGGCGGAUGGGCAGUGCUGCGGUUCAAGGCACUCAACCCAGGCGUAUGGUUUGUGCACUGUCACUUGGAGAUACACACAACAUGGGGUCUCGCCGUGGGCUUCAUUGUGGAGAAUGGAGCAACUCCUUCCCAAUCCCUUUUACCGCCACCUGCCGAUCUUCCUCCUUGCUGAUGACCACCAUCGAUGUGAUCAAGCCGUAGCAUGUUACUACCGCUGUCAAUCCCAAGCAAUGACGAGUCAUCUGUCAAUUCCUUCAACUUCUGUCAUCAAUUUGAGGAUUUGAUAUCAGUACCGUGUCAUGUCGUUCACAGUGCAUCACAUAUUAUAUGAAACACUAGAAAACAAUUGGGUAUAUUUGAGAGCUGUUUGAUCGACAGCAGAUGAUGUUACAAUGCCAGUUGCCAAUAAAUGA